CUUCAUUUUUCACAUAUCCAAGUAAACCAAUGAAUAAGAAAUGAAGUUUGGAAAGGAGUUUGCAUCACAAAUGGUGCCGGAAUGGCAUCAAGCCUACAUGGAUUACAAUUUCCUUAAGACCCUUUUGAAAGAAAUCCAAAGGUUCAAUCAAAGAAAAGGCCAAUCACCGGCAGCUGGUGCAAGUCGAAAGCUUGCCUUAUACAGAACUUUCAGUGGUUUAAUACAAAGAAACAACAAUUGCAUCCACCACAACCACCCUAGCAGCAAGUCCGGUGACGUCGAGCUCGAUGUUGAAUCACAUGAAGCCAUUUUGGUUAAUCCAUCCUACGUCAAUGGCUCUAAACGGUACGAGACCAUGUUUCUUAGGGCUUCUGAAGAAGGAGCGGUGGGCGAGCUUGUUUACUUUAAAAGGCUUGAUGGGGAAUUCAAUAAGGUGGAGAGGUUUUAUAAGGGCAAAGUGGAUGAGGUGAUGAAGGAGGCAGCCAUGUUGAAUAAGCAAAUGGAUGCUUUGAUUGCUUUUAGGAUUAAAGUGGAGAAUCCAUCAGGGUGGCACUGGAAUCAGAGAUCAGCUGAUAUGACUCGUCUUGCAUCCGACAUAUCAUCUUCCGCCGCUGCAUUGGCUGCUUCUACACCUUCUGAAGCUAAGGCAAGCGCAAGCAGAACAGUACUUAACCAAGAAGUUGACGAAGCAGAGGAGAAUAAGAGCAGUAUCAGACCAGCUCCAUUAGAGAUACUAAACCAUGUCAAGAUGAACAACACAGUCGACAGUCCUCGUUCGACAAUCAAAGGCUUCCUCAAAGUCCCUACACAGACAGAGCUCAAGUUUAAUAGGCAUAAUCUUCAGAAAGUUGAACAGCAGCUGAAGCAGGCUUUUAUUGCGUUUUAUCAGAAGCUACGACUUCUAAAGAGUUUCAGUUUCUUAAAUACAUUGGCAUUUUCAAAAAUUAUGAAGAAGUAUGAUAAGAUCACUUCAAGAAAUGCAUCAAAAUCCUACAUGAACAUGGUGGAUGAAUCCUUCCUUGGAAGCUCUGAUGAGAUUACCAAGCUUAUGGAGAGAGUAGAAGCUACAUUUGUCAAGCAUUUUAUGAAUUCAAAUCGCUGCAAAGGCAUGAAUAUCUUAAGACCAAAGGCGAGGAGAGAAAGACAUAGAAUAACUUUUUCUAUGGGUUUUUUGGGCGGUUGUGCAAUGGCUCUCAUGGUGGCCCUUGUAUUGAUUGUACAAGCUCGUAAUAUCAUAAAUUCACCAGGGCAAGUCCAGUACAUGGAAACAUUGUUUCCACUUUACAGCUUAUUUGGGUUCAUUGUUCUACACAUGCUCAUGUAUGCUGUCAACAUAUAUUACUGGAGGCACUACAGAAUAAACUACGCCUUCAUAUUUGGUUUCAAGCAAGGAACUGAAUUGGGUUUCAGAGAAAUUCUCCUUGUUAGUUUUGGUAUUGGAGUACUCGCGCUCCUCAUCGUCAUAGCCAAUCUCGACAUGGAGAUGACACAGAAAACUCGCGAUUAUCAAGCUAUAACUGAACUUAUUCCUCUAAAUCUCGUUAUACUCCUGAUUGUGGGAUUAUUGCUUCCCUUCAAUGUCUUGUAUCGCUCAAGUCGUUUCUUCUUACUUACUUGUGUAGUUCACUGUCUUCUUGCUCCCUUGUACAAGGUUGCAUUCCCAGAUUUCUUCUUGGCAGAUCAGCUAACAAGCCAGGUACAAGCCUUUAGAAGCCUGGAAUUCUAUGUAUGCUACUACGGUUGGGGAGAUUACAGAGUCAGACAAGACACAUGCAGGUCUAACAGCGUAUUCAACACUUUCAAUUUCAUUGUUGCUGUCAUUCCUUACUGGUCCCGCCUCCUUCAGUGCCUUCGGCGACUGUUGGAGGAGAAAGACCCCAUGCAAGGCUUAAACGGACUCAAAUACUUGGUGACUGUGAUAGCCAUUUGCAUGAGGACUGCUUUUAGCCUAAACAAAGGGAUGACCUGGAAAUUGUUGGCCUGGAUAUUCUCAGCUGUUGCUGCAAUCUUUGCUACUUAUUGGGACCUUGUUGUCGAUUGGGGUCUCCUGCAGCGCCACUCCAAGAACAGGUGGCUCAGAGACAGACUCCUUGUCCCUCACAAAUCCGUAUAUUUCGGAGUCAUGGUGUUGAAUAUCUUGUUAAGAUUCGCUUGGUUGCAGACUGUUUUGAACUUGACGCUAUUCGACUUACACAUACAAAACAUGACCACAAUAUUUGCCAGUCUUGAGAUAAUUCGUCGUGGAAUAUGGAAUUUCUUCAGGUUGGAAAAUGAGCAUCUUAACAACGUAGGAAAAUAUCGUGCAUUCAAGUCAGUACCAUUGCCUUUCAGCUAUAAUGAAGAAGAUGAUGAUAUAGAUGAGUAGCCCUAUUGAGGAAUAAUCUUAUGACUAACUGCGAUUGAUUUGAAGAAUUCACAUUAAUUGUAGUGUCAAUCUCAUAUUUAUUGAAAUGAUUGAUUGCACUCA